CCGGGCUGGCCGGGGACACAGGAGGGAAGGCAGUGUCUGUGGGGGGCAGCGACGCCCCACUGUCUGUGGUGGGUGAGUGAGCCGGGGCUGAGCGGCGGGCGGCUAGACCCUUUGGGCACCUCUCAGGGCCCCAGGGCGCCUCGAGCCGUCGGAGUGACCGGCGGGCCUGGGCGCCGGCCCGUUAGUUGCCCCGAACCACCCGAGCCAGCCGGGGUCGCGGGGUCCUGCGCCCGUGACGUCAGCUCGGCUUCCCCACCCCCGAGCUUUCCCGCGAGGGCUUCAGAGUCUGUGGGAGCGUGGUCGCAGCUCCCGGGACCCCGGGAGGAGAGAGGGCUUGGUGGGAGCAACGCAGGACUCAGUGUCCAUCCUUGCCGCCAGCCAUUUACCGGUGGGGAAACUGAGGCACGGACUGCUGGCUGACUCCUGACGGCCCUCGUUGGCACCGAGAGCCCCAGGUUGUAGUGUUUCGUGUUUGUUCUGUGCGGCUUGUGGAUCGGUUAGAGUUUUGGGGGGAUGUUUGUGACACUCAUCCAGGAAGAGCAAGUCAGGGUUCUAGGUGCCUUAAUGGCCUGUUCUGCUUUUUCUUUCAGUUUCCCCCUUCCCAGGGUGAGGCAGGUUUGUGCACAACUCAGAGUUCUUCAGUGUCCUGCUCAGACAAGGUUUCUUCUUUCUUUUCUGUUUUUCGUUUUUAUUAUGAAUUAGCGAUUCGAGGGGAAGUCGAAAUCUUGGAGGGAGAUGGUGUUCUUGAAUUUGAUGCUCAGUCCGGCCAGCUACAGGGUUAUUCGUGUACUUGGCAGCUUUUCUAUUCUACUGCUUGGCAUUUACAUGUUUUAGGAUGAUUGUCUUCAUCCAGUCACCAAACCUGUGGCCUUGCAAUCUCCAAAUCCUCAUCAUCCCUUCCCCUCCCCAGUUUUCCCUGGAAAGUUGUAUCCUUCACUAAGCUAAGGAGCGUUCAUACCUUGCUUUUGAAUUGGUGCUAAUUAGGAAUUGGAAUAAGAUUGCUCAUUUUGCCAUCAUAGGCUUACAGAGAAAAACCCAGGCCUCAAGAGGGUGUUGAUUCAAAUGUUGGUUUUCAGUACACCCCCUCAUGCCCCAAGUAGGUUGAAUGGCCCUAAGAAUUUAGCCUGCCAUUUCCCACUGGGUAGUGGGUGGAUUUGAAGUAGAACAGUAUUAAGAGAAAAUGAUUUGCUGGAAAUUCUUACUGAAGUUCAUGUUCUCUGAAUGUUGAUAAUACCCAGAACAUUCUCAGCUGUUCUGCUGCAAAAUUUUAAUGUAUUCUUGUGAAGAAAGCUUGUUUUGGGUGGUAACUUUUUUGAGGUGCUUGUAAGGCCAGGCCACCUGUUAUAUAAAACAACGACAUUGAGCAGCAAUGAUUUCUGUGGUCUAGCAUGCCAAAGCUGUGGUUCUGUUUGAUUUAAGGAAGUCUUUAAUAAAGAACAGAAUAGAAGAGUAAUAACUCUAUUCAUCAAGUUAUUUUAGUUUGUUCCUGAUUUUCACACAGCAAUCUUAAAUUUGUCAGGGGUUUUUACAUUGUUCAUGCAGAAUUUAUUAGAGUCAUGCAUGGGGUGAGUUCUAGGAAGCUAGUUUCAAAUGAAUCUCAAAACAACUUGAUUUCAUAAUUGUGAAAUUUUCUUUAACAGUGAUGUAGUGUGAACAUUGACCAUUUAUCCAGUGACUAGUGAUAUUUUAGGCAAAAAUCAUUAAAUACUUCAGCUACUGAAUCUUUCUUUUUUAAUCUGGAGGAAGCUUUUGGCAGUUAGAAUGGUGAAAUGACAUUCUGAUUUUCAUUAACGUUGAGUUAACUAAGUUGCUGGUCUGGGCCUUGGAAGUACAAAGGAGUGGGAAUUGGGGAAUUCACAGUUUGAGAGUGAAUUGGCUAGGUUUAACUCUAGUGAGGGAGCAGUGUUCCUUAUUUUUCUGACAUGAGCAUGCAGCUUCAAGAGGACUUUUUAAAAAUAAAACCUUAUAAAUCUCACUUGUUUUUGGGAACGUGUACUUGUGGUGAGGAAUAUUAAAUCUGAGCCAGUCUGUUUUCUGGUUCUGGAAUCUUUAUAUUUCUGUUGAAUCUUAUAAGAAUAUAACAACUUGUUCUUUUACUGAGAGAUGUUCUUUCUUAAAAUGGUAAGCAUUGUAGCUAUCUAGAAGCAUUUUGAAAAAGGCUUACUUGUCUUCUUUCUUGGGUAUUCCUGUUAACCUUUCUACCUCUUUACGAUUUAUAAUGUGGAGCAUUACUUUAGUAGUAAUUUUUGUUUGGAUUUAGGUAGCUUCCUGUGGUUUUUAGAACAAGCAGGAUAUCACAGGCGAUGCCAAGAAUUCUUGAAUUACAUCUGUCUGUGAGGUUUGUAUGAAUGGUAUCCCCUGAUAACUUGAGACCAAAAUGAUAUUGUAUCUUCUAGACAAGUUACCUAUUGUCCAUUUUAUGUAUCUAAUGAUCAUUUGUACUAAGUGUAACUUUGUAAUUCUAGUCUUUAAUGUUUGUUAUGUAAGGCUUAUUUUUUGAUCAUCUUUCCAUUUCAUUCAUAGGAAAUUGAUCAGUUUGUGCUCUUCAACUAAUCUUGUUUUCAUCGUUUUAUUGUAAUACAGUUAAAUCCUCUUUUAAUCUGAAUCCAGACCAUCAAUAAGCUCAGAUAACAGAUAUGAUUUCGGAUCUAUGUGACACUAAUUGUUCCUGCAUCUUCAGUGUCCUCAAAAGAAAGCUCUUCUAUUCAGCAUGCUUUUUAAGCUUAAAUAUUUCAACUCUCUGGGAUCUUCAUUCAGUACUUAACAGUAAUUAUGAAGAUAUUGAUGAUCACUCACUUAUCCAGCCUGAAAUAAGAUAGUACUUAGAUGAGUCAUUUGUGAUAUACUCACCCUCAGAGUGACUCCACCUGCAAAGUAAUAAGAGACUACAAAGUAAUAAGAGAAUACAAGUGAGGUUUUCUCCUGUCGCACUGAUCCCCUCCCCAACACACUAUCCUGAUUUUGAAUUUGACUGUGCUUCUUGUUUCUUGGGCUGUCCAACUGUUCUUGUGAUCUUUGCUUAAAGGGAGAGGCUGGAUGAAAUGGGAUGAUUUGUUGAAAGCAGUAAUCUGAUCUUAAAGCUUCUGUGUUUUUCAGUGUCUACACUGUACUGACUGCAUCAAAAUACUAAAUCUAUAAGCCAGCCUUCCUGAUAGAUCAGAACUUAUUUACAGUGGGAUUUACAUCUUUUUGCUUUAUAUUCAGCCAGUUUCACUGCUUGGUCUUCUUUAUUUUAACUGUUGUGGGUUGUCCUCUGAAAGAAUAUUGUUACCAGGUGUGAUGGUACAGGCUUGUAAUCCCAGCAUUUGGGAGGCUGAGGCAUGAGGGUUGCCAUGAGUUCAAAGCCAGCCUGGGCUACAUAGUUAGCUCAUAGCCAGCCUGCACUACAAAGUGAGAUCACCACCCCUCUAACACACAAACUCAAUAAUGUUGACAUUGUAUUAUAUUCAGUGGGAAGAAUAUAUGUUAGCAUAUUUCUGUUGUAAUACUGAUAUUUGAGAAUAUUAAUCAUUAAAUUUAUCUUCAUAUGUACCUCUAGACCAGGGCCAUAAAGUUCCCCAUUCAACUUUCUCCAUGAGUUGCAAAAAAAGAUAAUUAAUUUUUAAUAUGAUAGUUUCAAACCUGUUCUUAAUGUGUUCUCUCUAAAAAAGGAAUGGCCACAUGCUUUUUAUUUUUGGACAAUGCUUUUUAAAUAUUUUAUAACUUUUGCUUUGGCUGUUCUAGUUGUCUAAUGUGACCCAUCCUAUUGAUUCUAAGCUCAUUCUUGCUUGUUCUAGUGGAAGGUAGCCAAAAGUAGACCUUGUGUAGUUCAUGGUUGAAAAAUAGUACUUGAAAACUACUAAUUAUUGCCAUCCACCUUUUUAUAAGCCAGCUGAUUAUAUCAGUUUUCACUGUGGCUUGCUGCCUUUAAGUAAGCUGCAAAAAGCAAUUUUGCAAUCAAAUUCAUUUAAAAUAUGGUGUCCCAAAGCAUUACAUAUAACAAUUUAGUUUUAUCUUGAUGAUAUUUUAUUGCACUUAUGGUUUAUACUUUUAAAUUGUGAUAUGAAUUGUUAUGCUAGAGAACCAGCAGAGUAGCAUUUAUUGGCAUAUAAAUAAUUACUAAGAUUCAGAGAAGUUUCUGGUUUUAAUUUGAAGGUAAUCAUGUUUAGAAAUUUACAAAAAGAAUUUCUUUUGAAAAUAAAAUUGCUUUAUCCCUUAGAAAAAGUUUUGACCGAAAAAAUAUUGUACAUUUUAAAAAGAACCAAAACUGUUGUUGGUCAUUGUUUUGGAUGUUGCUUUUUGACUACUUACACCUUCUGGAAGCAAACAAAAUAAUACCUCUGCAUCAUGUCCUUUGUACUUUAACCCUAAAGACUCUUCCAGAAUUUAUAUAUUCCUCUAUGGCUAUUAUUGCCUUGUUUUUUUGUAAAGAAACAUAUCUUAUCCAGCUUCUCAGACCCGUCCAAAGCAAUAAGUAGGAAAGCAACCAGGCUCUAAACAGAGUCGAAUGCAUGCCACAGGAAACCACAGAAAACGGCUGCUUACAAAAGAGAACUGUAGAUGUAUAGAAAGCAGGCGCAGCAGCACAGAAAGCAUUACCUAAAGCCCUUUAACAGAGUAACCAAGAGCCUUCCAUAUUUAGAGUCACAUGUAAUAAUUUAUAUUCCUAGUGAUGAUUCAGUGACCAAGAAAAAAUAAUAUCCUUGUUGAAAAUUGUUGGCAUUUUAAAAGCAUCUUAGUAGGCAUAGAGCCAAAUUAAGGGCUUCACUGGUUGCUUAAGCAACUUUUUAAGGGGUUUUGUUAUUGGUGCCAAGAGUAAGGUGCCACAGGUGUCUUAUAUAAGCGGCAGAUAUAAAUCGAUUCCACGCUGGCUGAAGUAGACAGUGCCCUCAAGUGGAAUUAAAGCAAGCACAUUAUAAAUAUAAAAAAGAAGACAAAAGAGACUGACUUCAUUUACCUGCCUUUGCUUGUGUCCUCAUAAGUUGUGACACAAGUACUUCAGCAUUGUUGGUCUGAAGGGCGCCAGACUCUUACCCUGCCUUAGGUAACCUCAGUGCCUCAUUAUGGAUUGCACAGGUCAGACCUGUGAAACCUUUACCAUAGUGGAACACUUCAUUACCAAGUGAUGCUUUCUAAAAGAAAUGUUACCCUGUGUAUAGAUUUGCCAGAUUUUUCGAUCACUAAGUUAUAUGACUAAACUUACAGUUUGGCUCUUUAGUUUUUGAGGUGUUUAUUCUUUAAGAAUGACUUGAAUAAAUAUGAUAGCGAUAUCAGUUGUUGCUUUUAGCUAGGUUAAUGGAAAUGGAUACCUCCAUCUCAAAGAUGAAGUAAGUACUGUAUUUAGAAACUUAAUAGCCACAUUCUUGUAACAGAGAAUACGUGUGAGCUAUUAUUUUCAGCAAACUAAUUUGUUAAAAUAAUGAAGUCAUCAAUUUGAAUUAAUGAAAUUGUCCAACCAUCUAUUAAAACAGGCUUGAGAAAGUCUACCUCGUGAAAAAUUACUAUUUUUGUAAAAAUUUCAAAUGAAAAUCUGAAGUUGAAAAAUCUUUUAUGUAUUCCUUCAUUGGAUAUAAUUAAAAUAGUGCUAUAAAAGCACUUUAUACUUGAUAUAAACACCUACAAUUCUGUAUAACUUUACUGAAAUUGUAUCUUUGUUACAUGGUCUGAGUUUUGAUGCUGCACAAAUCUUUAUUAGUAUCUGAUAUUUAUGAUUGAGAAAAAUUAAAUUAUAACUAUGAUGAAUACGAUUAGUAUUUGCCUGUCUAAAAACAAAGUGCAUAAGACCAAGGAAAUGAAAUUAAGUUAGAAAUAAAAUAUUCCAUUACAAAAAUAGAUAAUUAGUUGUGGUUACAGUUUAAAAUUGUGACAUAACUUUUUAUUGAUAAAAGAUGUCCAACUUUUAAUGUAAAUUUUAAUUUAAACCAUGUUCAGAAAUAAUCUUUUUAUUUAUAAGAUUUACGUGUGUUUUGUUGAAAUGCAGCAGCUUACCUGUUUAACUUUGGCAGGAUCCAUUAAAAUUGCUACUUUUGCUGGACGUAGUGGGGCAUGCCUAUAAUCCCAGCACUCAGGAGGCUGAGGCAUGAGAAUUACCAUGAUUUCAAGGCUAGCUGGGUUACAUGCCGAGUUCAAGGCCAACAUAGACUAUACAGUGAGACCCUGUCUCCAAAGAAAUAUGCUACUUUUUAAAUAUAAAAUUUCAGAAUAUGUAUAUGAGGCAACCUUUUAAUUUUUGCUAGAACCUGGUUUUAUAAAUUUUGAAACCUUGGAAACAAUAAUUCUUAUAUUGUCUUUGAAGAUACUUUGCAAUUGGAUCUCCUUAAUUAAAUAUUACAAUUGAAAUAGAUACAAGUUAUAUAUGUCUUUUUAUCCCUUUUAGGUAUUUUUGGAAAUAGUUCAUGUGUGUGUAUUGGUCAACUGAAAAAUUUAAAAGCCUUUAAACUUUAUUUUAGGUUAUGUAGAAUGAAGUCUAAAGUUUAUUUUUGCUUGUUUACCAGGCAUUUUGAUUUGCUGUCUUUACAGCAUGGACACCAAAUUGCUAAAAACAUACUUUGGGACUGUCAGUGAAUUUAUCUUUUGCAAUAUUACGACAAACUUACUAGUGGUCCCUUUUCUGAGCUAAUGUUCUAAAGUUACUAUCAUGAUGAGUUCAGGCUUAUGGAGCCAAGAAAAAGUUACUUCACCCUAUUGGGAAGAGCGGAUUUUUUAUUUGCUUCUUCAAGAAUGCAGUGUUACAGACAAACAGACACAAAAGCUCCUUAAAGUACCAAAAGGGAGUAUAGGACAGUAUAUUCAAGACCGCUCUGUGGGGCAUUCGAGGAUUCCUUCUGCCAAAGGCAAGAAAAAUCAGAUUGGAUUAAAAAUCCUAGAGCAAUCUCAUGCAGUUCUGUUUGUUGACGAAAAAGAUGUUGUAGAAAUAAAUGAAAAAUUCACAGAAUUACUGUUGGCAAUAACCAACUGUGAGGAGAGGCUCAGCUUGUUUAAAAACAGAAGCAGACUAACUAAAGGCCUCCAGGUAGAUGUGGGCUGCCCUGUGAAAGUGCAGCUGCGAUCGGGGGAAGAGAAAUUUCCAGGAGUUGUGCGCUUCAGAGGACCCUUAUUAGCAGAGAGGACGGUGUCGGGGAUAUUCUUUGGAGUAGAGUUGCUGGAAGAAGGUCGUGGACAAGGUUUCACUGAUGGGGUAUAUCAAGGGAAACAGCUUUUUCAAUGUGAUGAAGAUUGUGGAGUAUUUGUUGCACUGGACAAGCUAGAAGUCAUAGAAGAUGACGACAAUGGACUGGAAAGUGAUUAUGCAGGUCCAGUGGACUCAAUGCAGGUUGAACUCCCCCCUUUGGAAAUAAACUCCAGAGUUUCUUUGAAAGUUGGAGAAACUAUAGAAUCUGGAACAGUUAUAUUCUGUGAUGUUUUGCCAGGAAAAGAGAGCUUAGGAUAUUUUGUUGGUGUGGACAUGGAUAACCCUAUUGGCAACUGGGAUGGAAAAUUUGAUGGAGUUCAACUUUGUAGUUUUGCAAGUGUUGAAAGUACAAUUCUCUUGCACAUCAAUGAUAUUAUCCCAGAUAGCAUGACACAGGAAAGGAGGCCUCCCAAACUUGCCUUUAUGUCACGAGGUGUUGGGGACAAAGGUUUAUCCAGUCACAAUAAACCAAAGGUUACAGGAUCUACCUCAGACCCUGGAAAUAGAAAUAGAUCUGAAUUAUUUUAUACCUUAAAUGGGUCUUCUGUUGACUCACAGCCACAAUCCAAAUCAAAAAAUACAUGGUACAUUGAUGAAGAAGAUCCUGCAAAGUCACUUACAGAGUUAUCUCCAGACUUUGGACAUUCUUCACCACCGCUGCAGCCUCCUUCCAUGAACUCCUUGUCCAGUGAGAACAGAUUUCACUCUUUGCCCUUCAGUCUGACAAAGAUGCCCAACACCAAUGGCAGUAUGAGUCACAGUCCACUCUCACUGUCGGUGCAGUCUGUGAUGGGUGAGCUGAACAGUGCCCCUGUGCAGGAGAGUCCGCCUUUGCCUGUGUCCUCCGGUAACUCACAUGGGCUCGAAGUGGGCUCACUGGCUGAAGUGAAGGAGAAUCCUCCUUUUUAUGGGGUCAUCCGCUGGAUUGGUCAGCCACCAGGGCUCAAUGAAGUACUAGCUGGACUGGAACUGGAGGAUGAAUGUGCAGGCUGCACAGAUGGAACCUUUAGGGGCACUCGGUAUUUUACCUGUGCUCUGAAGAAGGCGCUGUUCGUGAAACUGAAGAGCUGCAGGCCAGACUCUAGGUUUGCGUCCCUGCAGCCUGUCUCCAAUCAGAUCGAGCGCUGCAACUCCUUAGCAUUUGGAGGUUAUUUAAGUGAAGUGGUAGAAGAAAACACUCCACCAAAAAUGGAAAAAGAAGGUUUGGAGAUAAUGAUUGGAAAGAAGAAAGGUAUCCAGGGUCAUUACAAUUCUUGUUACUUAGAUUCCACCUUAUUUUGCUUAUUUGCUUUUAGUUCUGUUCUGGACACUGUGUUACUUAGGCCCAAAGAAAAGAAUGAUGUAGAGUACUAUAGUGAAACACAAGAGCUACUGAGGACAGAAAUUGUUAAUCCUCUGAGAAUAUAUGGAUAUGUAUGUGCCACAAAAAUUAUGAAACUUAGGAAAAUACUUGAAAAAGUUGAGGCUGCAUCAGGAUUUACCUCUGAAGAAAAAGAUCCUGAAGAAUUUUUAAAUAUCCUAUUUCACCACAUUUUAAGGGUAGAACCAUUAUUAAAAAUUAGAUCAGCAGGUCAAAAAGUACAAGAUUGUUACUUCUAUCAGAUUUUUAUGGAAAAAAACGAGAAAGUUGGAGUUCCUACAAUUCAGCAGUUAUUAGAAUGGUCAUUUAUCAACAGUAACCUGAAAUUUGCAGAGGCGCCAUCAUGUCUGAUUAUUCAGAUGCCUCGAUUUGGGAAAGACUUUAAAUUAUUUAAAAAAAUUUUUCCUUCUUUGGAAUUAAAUAUAACAGAUUUACUUGAAGACACUCCCAGGCAGUGCCGGAUCUGCGGAGGACUUGCGAUGUAUGAAUGUAGAGAAUGUUACGAUGAUCCAGACAUCUCUAUUGGAAAGAUCAAGCAGUUUUGUAAAACCUGUAACACUCAAGUCCACCUUCAUCCCAAGAGGUUGAAUCAUAAAUAUAACCCAGUGUCACUCCCCAAAGAUCUGCCUGACUGGGAUUGGAGACACGGCUGCAUCCCCUGCCAGAAGAUGGAGUUGUUUGCUGUGCUCUGCAUAGAAACGAGCCAUUAUGUAGCCUUUGUGAAGUAUGGGAAAGAUGACUCUGCCUGGCUCUUCUUCGACAGCAUGGCUGACCGGGAUGGUGGUCAGAAUGGCUUCAACAUUCCCCAGGUGACGCCCUGCCCGGAAGUGGGCGAGUACCUGAAGAUGUCUCCCGAGGACCUGCACUCCUUGGACUCCAGGAGAAUCCAAGGCUGUGCUCGCAGACUUCUUUGUGAUGCAUAUAUGUGCAUGUACCAGAGUCCAACCAUGAGCUUGUACAAAUAGCUGGCUCAUCGCCAGAGGCGGAGAGACUGAGCACGAAACCUCGGUGUUGCGUUUUCCUGGAGCUGGUGGUUGUGUUCCACACCCAUUGCCGGCAGUGGGUGUCUUUGUGUGGUGGCAAUUCAGAAAAGGAUUCCUGUGCUUCAAAACCAGUUGCUUUUGUGUUACGGAAGUAUUUAAUAAGAAGCAUUUUGCACUCUAGAAAGUAUGUUUGUGUUGGUUUUAUAAGAAGUCUAAAUGAAAUAAUACCUGAAGCUUUAAGUUAACUGCAUUGAUUAUAUGAUAUUUUUUGAAAGCAUAAAAUUUUAAUUGUGACAGUUUAAAACCUCUUUCAGUCCACUGAGAAUGUAAAUAAAUGUUUCUUUUUUCUGGACCAAGCAUAUGAAAUAAUUUUUCCUUUGUAGCUAACGAUUGCCGUGAGGAAGAAAUAAUUUGGUUUUAUUAAGAGUUUUACUUUCAAUCCAGCUGUUAAAGGUGUACUGAGUUUGCCUUGUUAAUUCUUUCCUCUAUGCUGCUGAUUCCUGCAUGUCUGCAAUCUGCUGAGUUUCUGUGUUUCUGCAGUAGUAGUCAGAAAAAUACUGAGAUUCCCUUAAUGGUGUUGUUUUCUAUUUGUUCCAGUUUUGAGAUAAAUGAGUGAUUCUGUCAUAAAAUGUCCAUUUUUGAUGUACUUUUCCUGGAGGAUUAAGGUAUUUAGCAAUUGAAGCUCUUCAGUCAUUGUAACUGUCAACUAACAGGAUGUUUUUAGGGAUUAUUUUAUGCAACAAGGCACAGUAAGUUUUAUGAAAUGGAGUAAUAAGUAAAUAACAAAUUCUUGCACAGAUAUACAGUCCACAGGAAAAUUUGGCAUCUAGAAUUGCUCAUUAAUGUUUCCCUGAAGAGAUAUUAGAUAUUUAAACCUUUAUUUAAAUAAAUAAGAAGCUUAUUUUAAAUAAAUCUGUUAUUUUGAGUAAGGCAGUUAUUUUAACUGAUCAGCCAGCCAGUACACUUAGUAAAUUCAGUUUGGUUUUGCUUGAGAUAAUAAUCUGAACCAUUUUAUUGAGAUGAUAACUGCAGCUUCAUCCUCCCUCUGAUUAAAUAAGUAGAAAAUGGAUGUUUUCUUAGGUAUUUCCAUAGUGUGUGUGUAGGCCACAGUGGAUGUUGUAGACUAGAAUCAUAGGUUAUAAAUGUCAGUACUGUGGAAUGUGUAUUCCUUGAGUAUUGUUCUGUGAUGUUGUUGUGUUUUUGGAAUGACUCUGUAACCUUGCAGAAAGACAGAAAAGAUGUCAUAUGUAUUAUAGCAUAUGACUCUACAAUAUUGAAUGUUAAAAAAAAACUUGGAGUCUUUAUUAACCCUGCAGUUAUUUUUGUAAAAAUACUUUGUUUUUAUCAUUCCAUUUGGCUAGUAUUUAUUAGCUUUAUAAAUCCUAAUAAGGUACAAAACUUUUCCAUCUUAUAACCUUCUAAUUUUUUUAAGUGAAUAAGUAGAUUUUUUUAAAACCAGGCUUUGUCCUGUUCAUGUUGGGCUAUGAAGUGAUAACUAGAUGAGGCCCAUAGGCUGAGGACUCCUGACUGUGGGGCAGGCUCUGCCUCUAGGGACAAAUGGGGCAUGGGAUGCAGUAUCUCAGUUCUGUCCCAGCUCUGACCAUCUGAAGUCCAGUUGACUGAAGAACGGGUGAGUGAGGACCAGUGUGGCUCCAGCAGGUGAGCUGGAGGGGCGAUUGGGCACCUGUACUUAGGUAAGCCUGGACUUCAUAGUUGAAGAGAAUGAGAAGACAGGUGUUGUUUUUUUUUUUUUUUUUUUUCCUGUAGAAAAGAAAACAAAAUGCAAGGUGGGGAAGAUCUCUGGCCAGCUCUCAUGUAGAAACUAGCUUGAUUCUAAUUCCACAGGAUGGGGCCCUUGUUAGUGGGAGGGGUCUCAUCCAAAAUUCUGUCCAGGUGGAGUUCAUUACUGGGGAAGAGAUGUGGGAAGGGAGACUAUGUCCUUAUCUGCUCCUGAGAACCACCAGGAUGUCCAGGGAAGCCUCUUCCCUUGCCUGUCCCUCUGUCCCUCUGGACAGUCACUCCGUGAUCCUUCCAGCGGGGCCUGUGGUAUCCAGGGGACGCGGUCAGGCCUGGGCUGCUUGACAUGGAUGCUCCAUGUGUCUGCUGAGUUAUUUAGCUUUCAGUUUUGUUUUCUCUAUUAUUCUAUUGGCUGUUAAAACGUUUUAAUUAUCAUUUUUCUUCAUCAUAUAUAUUCAAAAUUCAUGAUUCAUAGCUACAAUACAGCAAGUCAUGUUCCUCCACCUCCAAACACAUACAUGUGUGUUUCUUGUGUGUUUAUAUGUGAGAGAACAGGUUGUAGGGGGAGAGACAGAGACUAGAGAGAAAGAACUGUGUUAUAGAUGCUAAAUGUGGCCUGUCCCUUACUAACAGCUUUCUAAGCGAGUCUGACUCCAGCCUCAAAAGAAUGUUUUCUGAGACUGGGGAAACAUAAUGGAAACCAAGAGAAAUGAUUUAAAAAUUAGUGUAAUUGUUGCAGUUGCUAAGGUUUUUCUGUUUAGAACAUUUUAGAAUUUUUGUAAUUUUUUAUUUGCCAAAUGCUUAGUAAAUGGUUAGGUUCUUGCUGUCCUCUGAUUCAUUUGUUCUCUCACAUACAAUCACUUGUGAACAGAGGGAGGAGAUAGGAAUUAGUCUUAUGGAACUUUUGCUGUCCUCCAAAUUUGUUUGUUCGAAUGUGGCAUCUUCAUAGAUUCUGGAGUUGUUCCCCUCCUCCGCUGAAUCUCACUGUGCAGCUGGAUAAUUUUGCGUCUGUUUGAAUGAUUGUAGGCCGAGAUGUGCAUGGAGAAUAUGGUAUUAAACCUUUACUGAGAAGCUGCCAUCAGGUAUUUAUUGGACAUUGAUUAGGUAUGUAGGAUUGUGUCACAGCAUAUGAGACCUGGUCCCUGCUCCCAAACAACUUAGUACAGAGCAUGCAUUAAGCCUGCUUAGCUUCAGUGAGAGGCAGCAGCUCUGGGCUGCUUCAGGAGGCAGUGUGGUGUUGCAGGAAGGGAAAGGAUUGGGGGCAAUAGACCUAGACCCUUUCUGUGUUACCUGUUCUGUGUUAUUAGAUAGCUUGAUUACUUGGAUGUCAUUUUCUUUAUAAUGAGGGGAUUGGAUUUUAUAGGAGAACAGUACAAAUUCUAAGAUCCUAGGCCAUGGCUGCUAGACCUGACCCUCAUGCAGAGCUGGGAAUUUGCUGGUCACACUCUCACCCUCCAAUCCUUCUGACCAGCCAGGGUGGAAAUUGCUGAACCAGAACACUUCAAAGGCUCCUUCUCUUUUUGUGAUCAUCUACAUGGUUGUGUUAACUGUUCCACAUAAAUUUGAGUAAUUGAGUGUUUACCAUAGUGUUAUCUGUUGUAUAUUAACUGAAUAAGAAAUGCAUUUCAGUACGUGUGCCUCAACCCACAAUUUCCUAAAAGCUUUAGUAGUUUUUGAAACAUAAAUGAGUCUUAAGGGGAUAUUUGAUACGAGAAUUUUCCUUCUAUCUUAUUUCUUUAGGGGAAAUUGAGGCUCUGGAAGCCAAAGAAACAGAAAAACAAUUCUCAUGUAGGAAAAAAAAAAAAAAAAAAAAACAGUUUCCUCCUAUCUGCUACAUUAUGUUGAAAAAUGUAAAAUUUUGUGGUAAGAUAUUUCUCUGGAAUAGCAAGUCACUUUAUCAUAAAGAAAGAUAUCCUUGGAAAAGUAGAUGUGCCACAAGGUCUAUAAUAAAGACAAAGCCACCUCGUAGGGGCCAGCUGUGUAAACACCACCCCAAAUCUCCAUCAGUGGUCGGAGUCCUUAAAUUCCCUAAAGCGAGGGGCAUGGGGGUUAAACUGGGCCCUAGCAAGCCCGAAGGUGGGCUCUUACAGCAGGGGGCUAUGCGGAAGCAGGCUUCCACACUUCUGGGAUUGUCCCUCUCAUCCCAGAUGAGAACUUCAGAGCCAGAAGCUCCCACAGAGAGCUGGCCUUGCUCCCCUCUCCUUUCUGAUGUCUUUACUGAGAGAAGGAGAUGGGCGGCUGGGCGAAGCUCUUCAUUUUAGAUAAAUCCUGGAGCAGGUAAAGGCUUUCUCUUGAGUCAGGAAGCAGUAGUAGGAAGUGGAGUGACAGAGGUGGCCUGGAAUAGUGAAGAAGCAAAGGCUGAGCAUGAAGGGCGGCCCUCGUGACCAGGGCUGAAGAGCUGCUCCUUUGGGCAGUGGCCAUGCUUGUCCCACCAUACUUUGGUCUUCCUGUGUUUUCCUAACAGUUCAGGGAGGAGGGCCCAUGAUAGAGGGAUUAUCUUCCUAAGUACCAUGGCUUCAGAUAUAAUUCUGCAGUGCUUUUAAAUCCUGUUCACUUUCACUUUUUUUUUUUUUUUUAUUCUUGAGGGAUUAUAUUGGAGACUGAACUGCAUUUGGUUUUAUAUUAUUAAAUGGCUUUGUGCUAUGAAAUUUUAACUCUGCAAAGUCUUAGUGUCUUGCUGUAAACACUGAUGAAAACAAAUCCUGUUGAUGCUUUCCAGGGGUGUUGUGGUUCUUGGAGGGCGAAGGAGCACAUUUUGUACUGCAUUUCCAUUUCUCGUAUCCUGUUGAGCACUUUUAAAUUUUUUUGCCUGAAGAACAUCUUAUGAAAACAUUCUUUAAGAACACCACCACAUAAAAUACCCCUUUAUUAUCAGAUUGCUCUGAUUUAGCCUUAAUUUUGUUAAACUUUUUAGAGAUGAACGAAGUGCUGCUGUGGAAAGAAAUGUACUAUAUACUAUUUCUGUAUCAUUAAAAUGAAAUUUUUAUGGUU